AUGUCUUCCGACAAGGGUAGCCGAUCAUCGAGUUCACAAGUGCCUUUGAAUCUGUGGGGUGGUUUGAAGGUGCACAAGAAAAGAUUCAUGACUAAUCUGCAUCGUGUUACGUUCGAGGCUCACUUCCAGAAGGGGUGUGCCACCUAUGCUUCUGCCAUACCUGAUGACGUGCAUGUAAAGUUGGCAGCGUCUUCGACAUACGAUGCGUCUUGUGUGGAUUCGAAUGAUGUGGAUGCCAGAAUUAUCACAUUCCGUCCCUUAUACUUCUCCUUGUGCUUCUCGUUCCUAUUGUUGAAGUUUUUCAGGAAGGUGUUCUGCCCCAUGAAGUGUGCCCCAAGCUAA